GAGCCGAGGCAGUUGGUUUGCUCCGCUGUGUCUGAGAGCCGCGAGUGUUGUGUGUGCCUGUUAUUUAGGUCUGUUACAGCACGCUAGGAGCAGCUCACCCCGAGCACAGACGCAGCCUAGCCAGCCUGCGACCAGCCAGAAAGGGAAACAGAAACAAGCAGCGGGAAAGAGAGACACAGUCACGGGGAGAAAAACAUAGAAACGCUUAUGAGUGCAAAAACAGCAGGAUCAGCCGGCACGUAGAUCCAGAGUAAAGGAAUUCCAGCCGGGGGGAUUUAGUGCCGUCGUAGCUGCGGGUGUUGUUGUUGGCUUUUUUUGACGUGACGUGAGACAGCAAGGUAUCGAGAAGCAGGAACAGAAGCGAUCAUUUUUUCGUCGGAGGCGGGCGAUAUGUUUGACUGUAUGGAGGCUCUGGGCAUGGGUCCCCGGCAACUCUAUGAUGUCACCAACCGGGGCGCCUGCAUGCUUCGAAAGGCGAGCCCCUUCUAUGCUGGACUGGACCCUUUCGCCUGGACGGGGACGGCCAGCGUGCGCUCGGUGGAGACCCAGAGCGCCAGUUCAGAGGAGAUGGUGCCCAGCUCACCCUCUCCACCACCUCCACCUCGUGUCUACAAACCCUGUUUCGUCUGCCAGGACAAGUCUUCUGGGUACCACUACGGUGUCAGUUCUUGCGAGGGGUGCAAGGGUUUCUUCCGUCGCAGCAUUCAGAAGAACAUGGUGUACACCUGCCACCGCGACAAGAACUGCCAGAUCAACAAGGUCACACGCAACCGCUGCCAGUACUGCCGACUGCAGAAGUGCUUCGAGGUUGGCAUGUCCAAGGAAGCUGUGCGCAACGAUCGAAAUAAGAAGAAGAAGGAUGUUAAGGACGAGAUCGUCCCUCCAGAGAGCUACGAGCUGAGCGGGGAACUGGAGGAGUUGGUUAACAAAGUGAGCAAAGCGCAUCAGGAGACCUUCCCUUCACUUGGCCAGCUGGGAAAAUAUACUACAAACUCCAGCUCAGAUCACAGAGUCCAACUGGAUCUGGGCCUGUGGGACAAGUUCAGCGAGCUCUCCACCAAGUGCAUCAUUAAAAUCGUGGAGUUUGCCAAGCGCCUUCCGGGCUUCACCACCCUCACCAUCGCAGAUCAGAUCACCCUCCUCAAAUCAGCCUGCUUGGAUAUUCUGAUGCUGCGAAUCUGCACACGAUAUACACCAGAGCAGGACACGAUGACUUUUUCAGAUGGAUUGACCCUCAACCGGACUCAGAUGCACAAUGCUGGCUUUGGCCCACUUACAGACAUCGUGUUCUCUUUUGCCGGUCAGCUCCUGCCGCUAGAGAUGGAUGAUACAGAGACCGGCCUUCUCAGCGCCAUCUGUCUCAUUUGUGGAGACCGAAUGGACCUUGAGGAGCCCGAUCGUGUAGAUCGUCUUCAGGAACCCCUCCUGGAGGCUCUAAAGAUCUACACACGGCGGCGGCGACCUAACAAACCCCACAUGUUCCCACGCAUGUUGAUGAAGAUCACUGACCUGCGUGGCAUCAGCACCAAGGGUGCAGAAAGAGCUAUAACUCUAAAGAUGGAGAUCCCAGGCCCCAUGCCUCCUCUCAUCCGAGAGAUGCUGGAAAACCCAGAGGCCUUCGAAGACCAGGCCGAGAGCACAGAGAAGAAGCCCGAGCCCGAACAGCCGGCCCCUCCUCCAGCUCUGCUCAGUGUGAAGAAAGAGCAAGAGGAUGAAGACGAUAGCUGGGCCACGGAGAAUGGCAGCGAGCCCUCACCCGAGGAGGAAGAUGACGACGAUGAUGACGGAGAGGAGGAGAGAGGUACGGACAGCGACGGAGAAGCCUGGGGCAGCCAGGAACCCAACGCGGAGGUGUCCAAAAAGAGCCACGGAGGAAGGGCUCAGUGAGAGACGCAAGCACUCUUCUUCCAGCCUUACCUGUACAGACAUUUCUAACUCAGGCCACAUGGUCAACGAUGAGAGACAUUAGUGAGUGGAUUUGAACUCGCGUAAGAAACCUCUUCUCAGGACCUCUCGAGCAGAAAGAGAGGGGGGCGAAAGACAAAACAACAGGCUUUUCAGACAAAAUAUAACGCUUUUUUAAAAAAAAUUUUUUGUUUGUUUGCUUUGAAAAGGAGAAGCCAAAUGGACUUAUUACACUAUUAACAGCAGACUUUUAACGGGUUCAACAAAAAGUUCUUGUACAAGAAGAAAAUACAGAAUGGAAACUGAACGUAUAGUCCUUUUCGGUUGCUUUUGAAUAUCAUUUCGACCUUUUCCACCUUAAGAUAGUUUGUUGUCUUUACAUUUUAUGAAUAAGCCCAUACAUAUCUAUAUAUAUCUUUAUAUAUUUUGUCCUGUAUUCUAUUUUCUUAGUUAUAUUUUGUUUGGAUAGCUUUUCUGGGCAGAACUACAGAAAGAUAAUCGGAUUACUAUAACUGGCAAACCUCCGCUGGGUCUUUAUCCAACCGCUUGGUUGGGUUAUCGGGCACUUUGGCCCAGCAUGGAAGUCAUUGAUAAUCAGUUCAAUGGCAGAGUAUCUUCCAUUGACCUUUAGGAUGAGCUGUGUUUUUAGGGGACUCCCGUUCCGUAUCUGUUUUUAUUGCAUCAUGUUAUUCGCUGCCAAUUGAAUGGUGUGUCUGUGCCAAAGUUUGCAGCUUGUAGGGUUCAUUGUCUGUCCGGGAGCCCAGCUCCAAACACAACACCCACAUGUCCAUUACCCAAAGAGCAUUGCAUCAUACUGGACCUGUUUCAUUCGACACGCUCACUCUGAAAUUAUGCAGCGCUUCAGUCAAGCUCAAAUAUGGCCGAUGAUGUGUAUCAUUACGCGAUUUGACCUCAUCGGGUUAGACACAUAAGGAUAACUAGAUCUGGAGGACUUUCAGAAACUCAUCAUAAUGAAACACAUAUCGAUUUCAAACACACACACACACACACACACACACGCACGGCUUUGGUUGACUAUCCCUGUGGGGACAGUCCAUAGGCGUAAUGUUUUUUAUACUGUACAAACUGUAUAUUCUAUCCCUAACCCUAUCCCUAAACCUAAAGAUCAUAGAACACUUUUUGCAUUUUUAGAUUUGUAAAAAAUAUUGUUCUGUACAAUUUAUAAGCUUGUUUGCCCAUGAGGACCUCAAUUUUGGUCCCCACGGUGACACGAGUCCCCAUGUGUUGGUGUGUAUUCAGGUUUAGGUCCCCACCGGGAUAUACAAACAUGAACACACACACACACACUUAAAAAGCUCAUUAUACAUGUAUUCAGAACUCUAGUUAAAAUUCAGACUCAGGGCAUUUCUGUAAGGACCAAACGCUUGCCGUCUGGCAGGCAGCUUUGAAACAGGCAAUAUUUAUGUGUGUUGCGUUGUAGAAAUCCCGCUGUCUUACAAUUACAGUAAAUGAAGCAUUUCUGUUUAUCAUACACAGUCAUUGGCAGAUAUAGAGUUUUACCUGUAAUGUCUUGACCCAUUUAUUGCCAAAAACACACCAUAUGCAAUUUGGUGGUCAUGAGCCGCUGAAAAUACUUGAGUUGUCUCAGUCAAGUAAUAUAUGACUAUGACCAGAACUCAGAUGUGUGUGUGUUUGUUGAAUGUGAGGAUGGCUGCACUCAAUAAGCUGUAGUAUACUACAAUGUUCAAUGAAUGUUAUCACAGUGGUGCUGUCAGAGAGUGUGUGAGCUGCCAUACUGACCUCUUUCCUCCUCAGAGUUGCACCACAGCCACACGUAUAGCAAUGUUGAGAUUACUUUGUCAUAAGUCUUCGUAAUAUUUUUGUUCUCUCAGCUUUGGAUAAUGUAUUGUCAAUACUAUGUUUGUGUUCAACGAAUUCUGUUACAUAAAAAAGCCAUAUAAACAUUAAGAGGCACAAUAAACUUUUUUUUCGAGAAA